AUGCUACAACCAACAGAUCUUUUCAUUCAAACACCCAAACCCGACGACCGCAGUCUGAUAUCAACCUUUUCCAUUCACAUACAAAACCAAUAUAUACUCACAUCCAUCUUCCUAGGCCCGAACCUCGUGCCCUUCGACCUCUCCGGGCCCAAAACCCACGCCAUAAAGACCCAGGCCCGCGCGGCAGCAAUCACGCCGUAUAUGGUCGGCUACAAGUUCUUAGUCCACAACGGAAAGACGUACAACGACGUCUACGUGACCGAGGAGAUGGUGGGAAGGAAAUUGGGCGAGUUCUCACCGUGA